UCACUGUCUUGGCUGGAAAUAAACUGUUCAUACAGAGAUCAGCAGAGCUUUGAGGAGGGAACUGACAUCCUUCUACAAGGUGAAGCCUUCACUUGGCAACACUUUUCUAUCUCCAGCACUCAAGUGAGAGCAGUCCUUUUCAGGGCCUCUCCACAGCCGCCAACAAGUCUUACCAUUUCCUGUCACGUAAACAAAGGCCGAUGCUUCCUGGACCAAAGCCAGGAGCAGCAUUUAUUUCAAAAUAUUCUGCAAUACCACUUGAACCCUGAAUCUCAUCUGACCAACAUGGAAGGAGUGACGGAGUUUACAGAAUCUAUCUCAAAGACAGUAGAUGUACUCGCACCGUUUAACCUUCUAGAGCCCCCAACUUCUGGAGGAUUUCUGAAACUAUCCAAACCUUGCUGUUACAUAUUUCCUGGAGGAAGAGGAGACUCUGCUUUGUUUGCUGUCAAUGGGUUUAACAUCCUUGUGGAUGGCGGGUCAGACAGAAAGUCUUGCUUCUGGAAACUGGUUCGCCAUCUUGACAGGAUUGACUCUGUUCUGCUUACCCAUAUUGGGGCAGACAACCUUCCUGGUAUCAAUGGCUUGUUCCAGAGAAAGAUUGCAGAGUUGGAGGAGAAGGGCAACAAUGGAUCUGGUUCGACCAGCAGUGGUGAGUCAAUGAAAAACCUGAUAUCCCCAGACAUUGGGAUUGUAUUUUUAAACGUUCCUGAGAAGCUUCGAAUCCCAGAGUCCACACUAAAAAUGAAACGAAGCAUUGAGGAAGCAUCUCUUACACUGCAAUACCUUGACAAGCUAGGGAUAACACCUGAACCACUUCACAGGGCAGUAAGUAACACCAUUGAACCCAUCACACUCUUUCAUAAACUUGGAGUGGGAAAGUUAGACAUGUAUGUGCUAAACCCUGUCAAGGAGAGCAAAGAGAUGCAGUUUCUUAUGCAAAAAUGGUCUGGGAACAGCAAAGCUAAAACUGGUAUUUUGAUGUCUAAUGGAAAAGAAGGAGAAAUAUCUGUUCCAUAUUUGACAUCAGUUACUGCUCUUAUUGUUUGGAUUCCUCGCCGUCCAACAGAAAAGAUUAUUAGGGUGCUCUUUCCCGGAAAUGCACCACAGAGUAAAAUCUUUGAGGGCUUUGAGAAGCUGAAACACCUUGACUUUCUGCGAUACCCAGUAGCGACUCAACAAGACAUAACAUCUGGUGCUCUGUUGCCUAAUAUUAAACAGUCUAAAAUGAAAUCAAGAACUGGCAGCAAAGAGAGUCUCAAAACGUCACUCAAAUCAAACACAAAAACAGCCAAGAAAGAAAUUAUUGGGCAGGAAGAAGAGUCAAAGAGUGAAACUAUUAAAGAAAAUAAAGUGGAAAAGAAAGAAGAGAAAAAAAUAAGUCAAAGUCUGAAGGCCACCAAGCAACAGAAAAAUAGUAAGGUUGCCCCUGCGACAGGAAAGUCACAGCAGAAGAAAAUAUCUCGGGAGAAAAGUGCCAAAGUGUCCCAAAUGGAUGAAAAGAAGGACAAGGAAAAGAAGGAAAUUAAUAAAAACAAAGUAAAAAAAGAUGAAAAUACAAGAAAAGAAAAGGAAGAAAACAAGGAGUUAAAAAAGAAGGAUACAAAUAAGCCAGAAUUGAGAAAAAUGACAAAACCUGAUCUAAAGCCACUCACCCCUGAAGUCAGAAAAACUUUACACAAAGUUAAGACUCAGACCAAAACCAGGACAGAAAAAAAUACAGGCGGUAAGGAGCAUGCAACUGGUAAAAAGCAAGUCCCUGAGAAACUCCAUGAAUAUGUCAGAGUAGCAGCUCUUGCCGGUACAUCUGUUGCAUCUUCCCCCGAGGACCUUACAGAAGACUUUGAGGCUCUGAAAAGAGAAGAGCUGACCAAACCCGAGACCAAGGGUACCCAGAUAUCUGAGCUGUCAGCUCACAAAGACACUAACGGGUCAAUGUUAUUUUCACCUGAUGACAAAAUUACAACAUGUGGUACUAUUACAGAGACAGUUUCAUUCACAUUCAAAACAGACAAGACAGACAGGAAAACAUCUGAACGAAGUAAGAUUCCUCCCAAAAACGAUUCAAACAGGAAAUAUGAGGACAUGACUUUUAAAGAUGACAAAUAUUCUGUAAAGGAUGGCCUAAAAGAGAUAUCAAAGAAGAGUGAUAGCUCAGAGGAUGAUGAAGAUGUAAUUGAAAAAGGUGAGGUUGAAGGAACUGAAGAUGAUUUUUUUAUCAAGUAUAAAACACGGGAGAUCAAAAAAGAAAUCACUAUAAAAGAAUUAGAAAACAAAGCAACUUCACAACCGACCUCAUCGACUGGAGCAAUGCCUGGACAAGGAGUAGCUUCAUCAGCCUCAGAGGUGUUCUCCUUUAUCCAAGAUGAAACCGUCCCUGGUAACUCGGAGGCCGAACACACUAUUUCUUUUGAGGAGCUCCAGGAAAGAAGAAGAAUGCCACAAUUACAAUUAAAUGUAGGAUGUCAUGACAUCUCAGUCCCUGAUGCCCGUCGAACCUUUGACUCUAUCCACAGUACGAAAGUGAUAAAAAGCUCUGCUGUGUUCGAUGUUGUGGAUAUUAAAACCAAGGUCUUCAUGGGAGGUCAGGAGUCUGAGAUUGCAAUUUACCCUGCUGUCAUUGCAGCUCCUCUUGCUGAGGAGGAACAUAUCUCGUCGGCCACAUCCAUAACAGAAUAUGACAAGAUGUCUUCAUUUGCCACAUCUGUAGCUGAAGACCAGUCCAUAGCAUUGGCUACAGCCCCUCAGACUGAAAGAGUUGGAAGAAACUUGCUUAUUCUUGAUACCAUGAACAAUGUACCCUCACAUACAGAAGGUACCCAAGUAAAGGACUAUCUCCAUUCUGCAGGUACCAUUUCACCCACCUCCUCUCUGGAAGACGACAAAUGUUUUAAGUCUCCAUCCUCUGAUGAAUACCAACCCAAUAUACAUGACUUGGAGAGUAACUGCAAAGACAAUGUAGCACAUAAAGACAAAGAUGACGAUAAAGAUGAGGAUCAGACUCCAAAUGUUGAAAUCCCACCGAUUAAACUCCAAGAAGAGGGCUACAAAUGUCCACCAACCAUGCUGCUCAGGAAGAACGAGAUCACUCCUUAUCCCACUAUUUAUCCUGUCUUUUCUGACAAAGAGCACUCUCUCACAGAGGUUGUAAGUGAAAAACUGUCUCCACUUAGUACAGGGGGAUUUGUGAUCAGCACUGGAAUACGACUUAUAUCACCAACUCAACCCCUCAACACUGGUAUUGAGUCUCACUCCGCAGAAGAUAGUGAAGACAGAUGUCCAAGUCCAGAUGACAGCACUAUCAAACUGGCGUCACCCACCCAGUUAGUGCCUACAAGCAGUGGCUACUCUCCAGCAGAGGAAAAGCUUUUAAAGAGAGAAGAAAAAAAUGAACCAGUGUCAAACUUGAAAUGCGACUCACACAAAGUCGAGAAGUCAGUCACUAUUUCUGAUAAUACAUCCUUCAUUGGAAUGAUAAGUGACAAAACAAUGUUAGAGGCUUCAGAAGAAUCUGAAGAGAGUUUGGAUGAAGAUGAUUUUUACAUGAAAAAUGACCUUCAGCCAGCUAUUAAGGCUAAACUUAUGGAGGCAAAAGAAGGGUGCUUCCUGGAUGAUGACGUAACAAAUGAAACAAAGAACUCCAAAAUAAUGAUAGACCAUGAAAUCUUAGAAAAGACUCCAAAGACAGACGAGAAACGUAAACCUCAAAUGAUAUACUCGGAUGAGGAUGAAACAGAUUUUUUACAAACUGGAUUAGCAUCAAGCAAACAGUGUCAAGAAAGUGGUCAAAAAACAAAUAUUUCAUUCACAGGGCAUGAGAAAAGUGUUCAAUUUAGUGUGAGUAAUUUGCCAGAGAAACAGACCAAAGAGAAAGCCAUCUAUAUAAGACAAGACACGCCUUAUGUGCAUGGCAAAACAUUCUCUUACAGCGACAAUUAUGAUAGCAAACCAAGUUCUGUGGAAUCCGAUUCAUUUCAUCAGGAGUCCGUAGAUAAGAUGGAGGCUGCUUUGCCACGGUACCCUGUAACAAAGAAAGAUAAGAUGUCAGAAAAGAUUUUGUCAUCUACUUCUUUAUUGUCAGAAAUUGAUCCCUUGUCCUUUCCAAUGCAACAAGAUGAGCCAAAACCCUCAAUCUCUUCCUCAAUGAUACCUUUCAAUGUUGCCAAAUCUGAUGGCAAUGACAGUAAGGAUCAGGGUGCAAGGCUGGAGAUUGAUGUGCGAAAACUAACAGCGAGAGAUGAGGAAGAUGAUGAUGCAGAAGAGGAAAAGGAGGACAAAGACGUUCAGGAUGAUGAAGGUAGUCUUGAUUCUGACAUUGAGAAAGGUUCCAAAGAGAAGUUUGAGAAAGAAUUAAAAUAUCCUGCAAGUGACUUGUUUAGCAUAAGUAAUCCUGAAUUUAGUGUUUCCAAGGUUGGCUAUUGCUUUAACAAUCAGGGGAACCCAGGUGGGAAAGAAAAUCCUUCCAGCUCACCCACAAAGGCAGCAGAUGAAGAUAUGGCAGACAGCUUAUUCUCGAGUGGAAAGUUAAAUGGGCGGUCGACAGGUUCCUUUGGCUACUCCACAGAGGUACAAAUGUAUGGAAGAGAACACAAAAAAUCACUUCUUCUGAGUCAGACCACAGACAAUAGCAAAGAAGAAAUUACCUUUAAGUCUUCACAGAGAGGUUUAAACCAGAAUGAUGGAGGUGAUCCUGAUUUUGAGAAACCUCAGUCCCCAGACCACCUAAGCAAAAUAUCACCGGACACAAGCUUUCAGUUCAUGACCACUGCUACCCUUGGAUAUUCCUCUUCCUCUGCUUAUAGUUACUCCUCCUCUACAUCAGGCUCCUUCUCAACCAGCCGUCACCUUGGAGAAGAGUUGGGAACACCUGCCUCAACUGAGCAAAUUUUCGAGUAUUCCACGUUUAAAGAAGAACACUCUCCAGUCACGGACUCUCUCUUUUCCACACUAACUAGCACCAAAGAAGAUUAUCUUGAAGUGUCUGAAAAACAGAUCACUGGUACAACCACAGCUGAGUCUACCUCCAGCUUCGGCCACUUUUCACCCAUAACCCAAUUUCAGGAGGUCAGACCCUUCCAUUUACAUUACACGACAUCUGCAGAAGUCAAAAAGGACCACACAUCUUACUGUGGCUUUAUGGAUAAACACACCCACUCAGACUACUUCUAUAAGCCUGAGUGGUCUGAGGUGUCAACUUUGAAAUCUCCAAAGGACUGUGAGCAUUCACUAACCAUGCAAACUGAAGAAACUGCACUUUCAAUUGAUAAAGAGGCAGCCUGUGCGCCUCUUUUCUGUGUCACUUCUUCACCACAGCCAAGCAGUGAAAGGAAGUAUUUCUUUGAGGAUAGUGACAGUAGCGAAGAAGAGGGUAAGGUCGAAUAUAUGCAGGAAAUGACUCAAAUAUCACCCUCAAGUGGUCCCACUUGUACCUUGACAUUUUCUGACAAGCCAGUUCCCUCAUAUGAAGGUCAAAAGACAAGUACUGUUCUCCCUGAUGUUCUGGUCUCCUACAUGUGCUCACCACUUCAAGCCUGCAAGCCUGACCCAACCAAUGGAACCACAGAACUUGCUGCAAGGUCAACCCUCCUUGCUGGAGCUGCAGAUCAUGAAGGAGUUGCAGGCACAGCUAGGGUAGAGUCUAGGGAGGCUACUGGAGGCUACAGGAACUCCUGUGAAUGGGAAAUGUCUAAGUCCCAGAGAAGCAGUAUACCUGGUGAUUCCCCUCCUCAUUAUCGACAUGAUGAUGACUUUGAGGAGGAGUAUGAAAUGGAACCAGAGCAUCCCACGCGCCCACUUUCUCUCUCAUCGACUAAUCAGCCAUUUUACUCUGCAUUCUAUGCUGAUGAGUGCAGUCGACAAAGGCAGGAUGACUUUGAUGAUGAGGCUGAUGAUGACAGUGAUCAGGAUAUUCGUGGUAAACCAACCAUAGGAGCAACCUUUCCAUACACAGGCCACACCUCUCCGGGAUAUUCAUCCUGUGAGCACAAACAGUGUAAAACUGACCUUUCACCUUCCUUUCUCAACCCUGCGGUGCAGCAGAUAUGUAGUGAUGAAGAUGAUGAAGAGCAAGAACAUCAAAGUGAACAGUCACAGGAAGAAGAUGAAAAUGACAUGUCAGUUAAGAGAAGGGCUCACAAGCAGCCCCACCAUCUUCAGUCGCACAGCAGCUCUUUCCAUCACGCCAGCAGCAUGUCAGCAGGGUUGGGUCUAGCAACAGAAGACACACCACCCAUUUCUAUAAUGGAGUCUCUCCCCUCUCAAUCAGACUCUGAAGGGCCUCAAGGCACAGAAGAGUACCCAUCAGUCACUGGUGAAGGUAACAUUGAUUCUGAUGAGGAUGCAGACUGUAGCCCUAUUGAUAAAAUAUCUUCCACAGGAGAAGGCAGUCUUCACCCUGCCUCCUGGAAGAGCCAUGACCCAGUUCCCACACCGCAAAAGGACCCCUACCCUCAUCCUCCUCACCCUGAUGUCUGCAUGGUAGAGCCUGAUAAUGUCUCAGUUAAGAAAGAGGCCAAAGCUAAAGGGUUGACAAAAACUUCUGUGAAAACCAAAUCUGCGUCCCCAGCCAGGCGCAAGAAGUCCCCCUUGCCUGACAAACAGACAUCUUCUCCUCUCAGUGCGUCGUUGAAAAGGAAGGAAGCAGACAUGAGUUCACGCAUAUCUCGCCUGUCUGAUGGGCAAGGCUCAAAAGAUGAUGAUCUCUCAAGGUCAAGUUACAACCCUGGCAAGGGGAUGACCAACUGUAGCAGUAGCAGUUUGGGCUUGCAAAAGGCUGGUUGUCCACCUCCUAUUUAUGUUGACAUGGCCUACAUUCCCAAUCACUGCAGUGCCAAGAAUAUUGAUCAAGAAUUUUUCAAACACAUCCGCUCUUCAUACUAUGUGGUGAGCGGGAAUGAUGCUGGAAGUGAUGAACCAAGUCGAGCAGUUCUUGAUGCACUGCUGGAUGGCAAAGCUCAAUGGGGGUCAAAUCUUCAGGUGACGCUGAUCCCGACACAUGACACAGAAAUCACUCGUGAGUGGUACCAGCAGACACACGAGCGGCAGCAGGAGCUCAACAUCAUGGUCCUAGCCUCCAGCAGCACAGUAGUCAUGCAGGAUGAAUGUUUCCCCGCCUGUAAGAUUGAAUUUUAGGAAUGCUGUCACAUGCCUGGCCUCUAUACUCUUUGAAUAACUCUGAUUUUGUUUUUGUCCCUUUUGUGCUAAUUUUACAGAAGACAGAAUUUAAUUUCUUUUAAUUCAGUUUGAAAAAUGUUUAGUAUUUAUUUAGCUUGUUGUGACUGUCCCUGUUUACAAAACAGUUGGCAUUUCAUUCCGUUUUUAAAAGUAUACAGGUCCUUUUUGUUUAACUUGUUCAUUAGCAUACUAAAUCUAAUGUAUCAAAUGUUUUUAUGCUGAAUUGAAAAAAGCUCGAAUUUCAAAAAGCUAUUAAUGAUUUAAAAUUUUAAGCAUUCAGAGUAAAGGUAAUAAUUAUUGACUGAGCAAAUUUCUUGGUGGUGGUUCAUGGAAAUACACUUCUUUUUUAUAACUUCAAAGACAAAAGUGCAUAACAAAAACAUAAACAGAUUCAUAAAAAUCACGUGAAUUGCACAAAUUUAGGUGUUGCCCUUCGAACUCUCUUGAUAUAAGUGCAUGAUUCAUCUUAACUUCUUAUUACACUCUUCAAAGGUAAAGGCAUACAAUAGCUCCAAAACAUUCACAAAUUAAUGCCUGUGUAUAUUCUCAUACAUCCAGGACAUUUCAUUCUCAAAGCAUUGAACUGAUCACCAGUGGUCUGUUCUGUCUGUCUUGGAAAAGGUUUCGCCUCUCAUCCCAGCAGGCUUCAUAAAUUCAUGCAUCAAGGCUUAGUUAGGAUCCACUAGCACUAAUUGACUAAUUCUCAAACUACUUGGCUACCGCGUCUCAAUCAAGCCUUGAAUUGAAGAAGCCUGCUCAGAUGAGAGACGAAAUGUUUUCUAAGAAUAACAGAACAGUCCAGUUGUGAUUGGGUCACUAAUUUAUAGUUUUUCACAUCACCGUUGGAAAGUAGAGCACCUGUUGCACAUUGGGCUCACAGUUCUGAGGACCAGGGUUCAAAUCCCGGCCUCCCGAUGUGUCGAGUUUGCAUGUUCUUCCUGUGGUUGCGUGGGAUUUCUCUGAGCACUCUGGGUUCCUCCGACAUCUCAAAAACAUGCAUUCUUUGGAGACUUUAAAUUGCCCAUAGGUGUGAUUGUGUGUGUGGCUGUUUGUCUCUAUGCGCCCUGGAAUUGGCUGGCAACCAGUUCAGGGUCUACGCUGCCCCCUGCUCGUUGCCAUGCAUUAGUUUUUCAUACAACAGUCUAGUAACAUGAGACAAAGACAACAUAAAAUUGUAUUGCUUUGGAAUUCCAAAAGUUGCGCUUUCUGCCUCAAUCAAGCUAGCCCUCAAUAUGAACGUUGAGGGUAAGGCUAUAUUGCAAACUCCAGGGAAGUACAUAAUAUCUCAGAAUUUCUGAGGUCUACCGUCAAAGGGUUCAAGUUUGAAAGUCAACAAAAUAUAGAUAUGUAAUAUUCUAUUGAUGUUUUAUAUCUGGGUUGACUUCACAGUUUUGAGGUCCAGGGUUCAAUCCUGGCCCCGCCUGUGUGUUUGCAUGUUCUGCCUGUGCUUGUGUGGGUUUUCUCUGGGCGCUUCGGUUUCCUCCAACAUCUGAAAAACAUCCAACAUUAAUUGGAGACUUUAAAUUGCCCCUAGGUGUGAUUGUGAGUGGGACUGUUGUCUGUCUUCAUGUGCCCUGCGAUUGGCUGGCAACCCUGCCUCCCUGCCCAUUUACAGAUAGGAUAGGCUCCAGCACUCUCGCGACCCUUGUGAGGAUAAGUGGCUAAGAAAAUGGAUGGAUCCAGAGUUUUUAAAAAUGAACUGUUUGCAAAAGGUUGAUAAACACAUUGAUUUGAAAAUAUUUGCUCCUGUCUCCACAGUUGCUAAAAAAAAAAGAGCAAAUAUUGACCGAAAUAAACUGUAUUUUGGCAUCACGGUAACGCAGAUGUAAAGCAUUGACCUCACAGUUUUGAGGUCCAGGGUUCAAUCCUGGCCCCGCCUGUGUGUUUGCAUGUUCUGCCUGUGCUUGUGUGGGUUUUCUCUGGGCACUUCGGUUUCCUCCAACAUCUGAAAAACAUCCAACAUUAAUUGGAGACUCUAAAUUGCCCCUAGGUGUGAGUGUGAGUGCGACUGUUGUCUGUCUUCAUGUGCCCUGCGAUUUGCUGGCAACCCCGCCUCCCUGCCCAUUUACAGCCGGGAUAGGCUCCAGCACUCCCGCGACCCUUGUGAGGAUAAGUGGCAAAGAAAAUGGAUGGAUAAACUGUAUUUUAUGGAAUGAAACAAAGUAUGCUGUAAAACCACUUUUUAUGUUUGUAUUUUCCUUUCAUGCAGUGUUAAAAUUAUAUGCCCUAAAAGUGGAAUAUUGUUACAAGAUAAAAAAUUUGUAGUAGUGAAUUUUUUUUCAAACAGUCAUUUAAUUGCUUUUGAAAUUUUACUAGAUACUAGAUAUUUGGUUUUAUCAGUAGGUGGCUUUCAUUGACAUUUUAGUUAUUUUGAUAAUGAGUCUUGGUGUCCUUUAAUUUGAUAUUGGAUUUGUCCAUUUUUAAUCAUUUCUGUACCUACCAAAAAACAAAAAAAAAAAUCCGACAAUUUACAGGACCAAUAUGUACCACCAGGAUCUACAUUUUAGAUUCACAAGUCUCUACUUGUUGCUGGAUAUUAAUCGAUUUCUUAUUAUGAGUCAUGUACAACACUUUUCUCUUGUGGUACAGAAGGGUCAUUAGCUUCAGUUGAUUUGAAAGUGAUGAUGCAGAUUACCUUUAUGUUCUCUAUGGAGGACUUAGAAAUCUCACAGUUGCCUUGCUGACCCUACAUCUAAUGGGUUACUGUGGCCAGCAGCAGAUUUCGGUUUUGCAGGGGAACUUUCAACAAAGUACACAUAUUUAAAAGAUCCUGUGUGUGACAGGAAACAUCACCAAAAUGAGUUAAGUUGAAAAUACUAAGUCAAAUAUGUGACAAUGGUGAUUGUCUGUUAACCCCCUGCAGCCUGAUGGGCAAUACUCUAUGGGUCUUUAAUCAUUAAUAAAUGUACCGACAGGUAAAAAUAUCGAGACUACUUGUCCAUGAGACUGACAAAUGUUACUACCUAGUGCUCAAACAUUUGAAAACAUUUACAUUUGACUAUUGCAUUCUCACUGAAAGCGAUUUGAGUCCUGUUGUCCUUCAUUGCUUAUAAGUGCAUGCAUGUUCUCACAUAUUGUCAAAGUACAUAAGACAAUAAUUUGACAGGUGCUGGUUUAUGAUUGAGAUGUACUAUCCAGUACUGUGAUUGAAUCUCACAUGAAAUGCUGCUGUGUUGUGCUGCAAAGAAAGCACAGUGAAUUAUUAAUUUUUUUUGACAACUUCUGUUUUAAGUGCAAAAUUCUGUUUGAGUCAUCAAAUUCUUCAAAGUAAAACUGUAAAAGAUACAUAGUUACUGUGUAA